AGACGCCGCCGAAAUAAGUCAGACAGGUCAAUUACCUGGAAGCUCACUAGAUUUCUAUCAACUUCCUAUACCCUCAGCUCUGACUUCCCUAGAUUUCACAUAUUUGCUAAAAACUUUUUAAAAAAAUCAUCUUUUAAACUUAGUUAUUUAUCAAUUCGAUUCCUAUUUCUGAUCUUUCGAACAAUUCUUCCGGCGACAAAAUCAAGGUCAGGGAAAGGUGAUAACGCCAAAAGCAGCGGACAGACGACGCGCCACCAACAUUUAUCUCCGCUUAUAUAUUGAAAAGUGCGGAAUAAAUUUUCUACUCUUUAACGGACGAGUGGCUUAGUGUUAGUUAGUGCCUGUGAUACUGGAAAAAGAAACUUAGUAUUUUCUCACCUUUUUACAUCGUAAAGAUUCAGGAUGAGUUAUAAACCAAAUUCCAAGGUUCAGGUGAAACACACUCAGAUCUUUAUUAACAAUGAGUGGCACAAUUCUGCAAGCGGAAAGAAAUUCCCGGUAAUCAAUCCCACAAAUGCUGAAACAAUAGUCGAAGUCCAGGAAGGAGACCAGGCUGAUGUGGAAAAAGCAGUGCAAGCUGCAAAGGCUGCUUUUAAGAAUGGCUCUGUUUGGCGCACAAUGGAUGCUUACGAUAGAGGACGACUCCUUUACAAGUUGUCUGACCUCAUGGAGAGAGACAUUGAAUACUUGGCGAACUUGCAAACGUUAGAAAAUGGCAAACCUUUUAAGGAUUCUAUUGGUGAUAUGAAGUUUGCUAUUAAAACCUUGAGGUAUUACUCUGGUUGUGCCGAUAAAAUCCAUGGAAAAGUCAUACCAACUGAUGGAAAUACAUUUACAUAUACUCGUUUGGAGCCUGUUGGAAUUUGCGGUCUUAUCAUCCCCUGGAAUUUCCCUGUGCUUCUGGUGACCAAUAAAGUGGGUCCCGCUCUUGCUUGUGGAAACUGCGUUAUCUUAAAACCUGCUGAGCAGACUCCAUUGACUUCCAUCUACAUUGCGGCUCUUUCCAAAGAGGCUGGCUUCCCUCCUGGUGUCUUCAAUGUGGUGCCCGGAUAUGGUCCAACUGCUGGUGGUGCACUCACUCACCAUAUGGAAGUGGAUAAAGUUUCUUUUACUGGUUCUACCGAGGUUGGUAAGCUUAUUCAACAAGCUGCAGGCAAAAGUAACACUAAACGAAUAACACUAGAAAUGGGCGGAAAAAGUCCGUUAGUCAUCUGCCCAGAUGCCGAUUUGGACGAAGCUGCUGAAAUAGCUCACCUAGGUCUCUUCAUGAAUCAAGGUGAAUGCUGUUGCGCAAGUUCAAGAAUUUUCGUCCACGAAGACAUUUACGAUGCUUUUGUGGCCAAAUGUAAAGCACUAGCCGUAAAACGAGUUGUUGGUGAUCCAUACGAUGAAAAAACUAUUCAAGGACCUCAGAUCGACGAUGAACAGUUCGAUAAAAUCUUAGACCUCAUCGAAUCUGGUAAGAAAGAAGGAGCCAAACUUGAAUGCGGUGGUAGCCGGCAUGGCACUAAAGGAUAUUUCGUCCAGCCAACUGUUUUCUCAAAUGUUCAAGACCAUAUGCGCAUUGCGAAAGAAGAAAUUUUUGGACCUGUUAUGCAAUUAUUAAAGUACAAAACAUUGGAAGAAGCAAUUGAAAGAUCUAAUGCAACCUCAUAUGGAUUGGCUGCAGGAAUUGUUACCAAAAAUUUGAACACAGCUACCCUUUAUGCACAGCAAGUACGAGCUGGAACUGUAUGGGUUAAUUGCUUCUUUGCUGGUUCUGCCCAAGUUCCUUUCGGAGGAUUCAAAAUGUCUGGUCAAGGCAGAGAAUUCGGAACCGAUGCUCUACAUGCCUACUGCGAAAUUAAAAGUGUCACUACAAGGAUUCCACAAAAGAACUCCUAAAUCAAUCGAGUUUAUUUUUUGUACUUUUCUAAGAAAAAUUGUUGUUAUUGAAAGCUAAUAAAGAGUUGAUUUUGUUACAAAA